AUAAGUUGUUUCCAACCAAUAUUCCUCACUAAACUAAAUUAUUAGACAUGUUGCAGAAGUUAAACUGGCUGGCACUUCUUCGUAAGUACAACACAGGAAUCUAUGCUUAUUUCUGUUCCAUCUGAUGUUCUAACAACAUGCCCAUCACUCAAUCUUCCUUAAAUCCCAUGUCAAAUGACAAAAGACACUUCUUUAUUCAAAAAACUCAUCACUUGGGACCUAUUCUCCCUCCCAAACUCUACACCCUUCGCCAAGAUUCUAAGUUCUUGCAUCAAUUCCAAGUGCCAACAUGUCAUACACACUGUACAUUGUCGAAUUCUCAAGACCCAUUUCAGCUCCGAGGUUUUCAUAAACAACAAGCUAAUCGACAGUUAUGGGAAAUCGGGCUUGUUAAAGUAUGCCAAGAAGGUGUUUGAUAAAAUGACUGAGAGAAACACCUUCACUUGGAAUUCCAUGAUAAAUGCAUAUACAGCUUCAAGAUUGAUUUUUGAGGCUGAGGAAUUGUUUUACAUAAUGCCUGAGCCUGAUCAAUGUUCGUGGAAUUUGAUGGUGUCAAGCUUUGCACAAUGUGAAUUGUUUGGUUCUUCGAUAGAGUAUCUUGUCAGAAUGCACAAAGAAGAUUUUUUUUUGAAUGAGUAUGGUUAUGGUAGUGGUUUAAGUGCUUGUGCAGGGUUAAGGGACUUGAGAAUGGGAACUCAACUUCAUGCAUCAGUAGCUAAAUCGAGAUAUUCGAGAAGUGUUUACAUGGGUUCUGCGCUUAUUGACAUGUACUCGAAAACGGGUAAUGUGGAUUGUGCAACAAAGGUGUUUAAUGGGAUGUGUGAGCUUAAUGUGGUGUCGUGGAAUAGUUUACUUUCUUGUUAUGAGCAAAAUGGGCCAGUGAAGGAGGCAUUUGUGAUAUUCGUUAGGAUGAUGGACUUUGGGUUUAAACCAGAUGAGAAGACCUUGGCAAGCGUAGUAAGUGCUUGUGCGAGUUUAUGUGCGAUAAGAGAAGGUAAGGAAAUUCAUGCACGAAUUAUGAGGUCGGAUAAGCUUAGGGAUGAUCUUAUUAUAUGCAAUGCAUUGGUUGAUAUGUAUGCAAAGUUUGGGAGAAUUUCUGAAGCUAGAUGGAUUUUUGAUAAGAUGCCAGUCAGAAGUUUGGUGUCAGACACCUGUUUGAUAAGUGGUUAUGCAAGAGUUGCGAGUGUGAAGACUGCAAGAGCCGUGUUUUUGGGGAUGAUUGAAAGGAAUGUUGUGUCUUGGAAUGCUCUUAUUGCUGGAUAUACACAGAAUGGGAACAAUGAAGAGGCACUAAAUCUCUUUCUUUUGCUAAAAAGAGAACCUGUUUGGCCAACUCAUUAUACGUUUGGGAAUCUCCUUAACGCAUGUGCAAAUUUAGCUGAUCUGAAACUUGGUAGGCAGGCUCAUGCACAUAUUUUGAAGCAUGGAUUUCGUUUCCAGAAUGGACCCGAGCCUGAUGUUUUUGUGGGAAAUUCUCUCAUAGACAUGUAUAUGAAAUGUGGAUCAGUCGAAGAUGGUAGUUGUGUAUUCACAAAAAUGCUGGAUAGAGACUGGGUUUCAUGGAAUGCUGUAAUAGUUGGAUAUGCACAAAAUGGGCAUGCUAUGGAAGCUCUUAAAACUUUCAAGGUUAUGUUAGUAUCUGGAGAGAAGCCAGAUCACGUGACUAUGAUUGGAGUUUUAUGUGCAUGUAGUCAUGCAGGAUUGGUUGAGGAAGGGCGUAAAUAUUUCUAUUCCAUGGACACAGAGUAUGGGUUGACACCAUUGAAGGACCACUAUACAUGCAUGGUCGAUUUACUUGGCAAGGCUGGUUGCUUAGAAGAGGCAAAGGAUUUGAUUGAAUCCAUGCCGAUGCCUCCAGAUAGUGUGGUAUGGGGGUCUUUGCUCGCUGCAUGUAAAAUUCACAGGGAAAUUGAGUUGGGAAAGUAUGUAGCUGAGAAGCUUUUGGAGAUUGAUCCUACAAAUUCUGGCCCUUAUGUUCUUCUAUCAAACAUGUAUGCUGAACAAGGAAGAUGGCAAGAUGUCAAAAUGGUCCGAAAACUUAUGAGACAACGAGGCAUUGUUAAACAGCCUGGUUGUAGUUGGAUUGAAAUACAAAGCCAGGUUCAUGUUUUCAUGGUAAAAGAUGGGAGACACGCGCAGAAAACAGAGAUAUAUUUGAUAUUGAAUACACUAACUAAAUUAAUGAAGCUUUCUGGCUAUGUCCCAAAUGCUUGUCAUUUGGAUUCUGAUGAGGAGCAAACCAUGUUGAAUUUUUCCCCAUCUGAAGAGUUUGAAGAACCUGUAAUAGCUGCCAUUGCAUGUUAAGUUGCACAUACUCUUCACUUUCAAUGUUGCACCGCUGUCGGAUUCCCAAAAUACACGACUUUUGGAGGAUCCAACACCCACUGACAUUUUUGAAGAGUAUGAGCAACAUAGAUGGCAUGAUGUUCAAGGUGACUUGUGGAAUUUGCUAAUUCCCUGUACUUGUCUAGAAAGAGUUAUACAAUUUUUUUUGAGCAUAAUA